AUGUCAUCCGUACGCUCAGGCUCCCUCAUGACUGAAGACGAAGAGGAUUGGGAAGAUUACGUCAAAGGUGGUUACCAUCCAGUUCAAAUCGGAGAUACUUUUAGCGAUGGCCGCUAUACGGUGGUCCGGAAACUCGGCUGGGGUCACUUUAGUACGGUCUGGCUGGCCAAAGAUUCCAAGCAAGGUCGUCACGUCGCGCUCAAGGUUGUCAAGUCGGCCCCACGGUAUACCGAGACAGCUCUGGAUGAAAUCAAGCUGUUGCAAAGACUCAUCAGCGGAGAUGCCAACCAUCCCGGUCGAAGACAUGUGAUAGGCUUCCUAGAUCACUUCCGCCAUAAGGGCCCGAACGGCAACCAUGUUUGCAUGGUGUUUGAAGUGCUUGGCGAGAACCUCCUAGGGCUCAUCAAGCGACACCAGGCGAGUAGAUUUCCCGCAUUAUCCGAGGCAAAGGGUGUUCCCGUGCACCUCGUGAAGCAGAUAUCAAAGCAAAUCUUACUCGGCCUCGAUUAUAUGCAUCGUCAAUGUGGCGUGAUCCAUACUGACCUGAAGCCAGAAAACGUGUUAAUAUGCAUAGACGAUGUAGAAGCUGUGGUUCAGGCCGAACUCGAAUCUUCACAAAACAGCCAGGCACCAACCAAGAUUGUGGGAGUGCCCCCUUCACGUGGUCGUGGUGGAAAUCAGACACCUCGCUCCGAGUCCAUCUUCAUCACUGGUUCCCAGCCCCUACCUUCCCCUUCGUCAAGUUAUGGCACUAGCCCAGCGUUUGACAAAUGGGCGUUCGGGAUGUCUCGCAUCAAUGGUGAUGAUGACGAGAGGGACAAGCAAAAAGAGGCAACUAACGGCAAUCGGGACAAGUCCGAAACCAAGACCGAUAGUGUCGAGCGUGCGAUGGGUGGAGUAAGCAUGCAGGACCCGCCCGCCCCUGUCACCAAACCGACUGUUGCUGCGGGCCCCAGUCUGCUCACCCGCAACGCGCCUGCUGACUUACACAGCCCACAACAACCUACUCCAAGGAGUAGUAACGGGAAGAGUAACAGUUCACCUUCGCCCCAUGAUUCUACCACGAUCAAGGCGCAGGUAGUGGCAGCGGACGACGGGUCAUUAUCUCCCGUACCCGAGACGCAUAACUCUCUACCUUUAGAUCCCGCCGCACUCGCAGAACGGAUUACCGUCAAAAUUGCGGAUCUGGGCAACGCUUGCUGGACAGACCAUCAUUUCACCGACGAUAUCCAAACUCGGCAGUACCGUUGUCCGGAAGUUAUUCUAGGUGCGAAAUGGGGGACCAGUGCUGAUGUGUGGAGUGCAGCGUGUGUGAUUUUCGAGCUGCUUACAGGUGGUGAUUACCUAUUCGACCCUCAAUCUGGUACCAAGUACAGCAAGGAUGACGACCACAUCGCGCAAAUUAUUGAGUUAUUGGGCGAGGUCCCCAAGUCGAUCGCAUUCUCGGGCGAGCUACGACAUAUUCACAAACUUCGUUUCUGGCCUAUGGAAUCUGUCUUGCAUGACAAGUAUCUUCUAUCGCGUGCCGAUUCGGACUUGAUCGCGUCGUUCCUCACACCAAUGAUGCAUCUCAACCCCGACAAACGUGCCCGUGCAAUUGAUAUGGUGAAUCACCCUUGGCUCGAUGGCAUUGUGGUACAGGGCGAGCUUGAUGUGAUCAAAGCUGAGCGGGACCGUGAACGUGGACGUUCUGGUACACGUGGGGCUGGCUCUUCAUCCAGGAGUACAACUGGGUCGGGCUCAAAAUCCAAAUCCAAGUCUGGCUCACAAAGAAGACCGAGCGGACCUCGCGACCUCAAAAAAGAUGUCCAAGCACUGAAUGAAGCAGCCGCGAUAGAUGCGCUCAGACCCGUCGACGAAGCUGCACUCCUGGGUGGUAACGAGUAG